UCAUUGUCCCACUUAUUGAAUUUUGAGGGGUUUUAGGACAUAGUUAGGGUUUAGAGCCAGAAAAAUUCGGAUUCAGUACUGUUUAUCCAUGAAUGAAUGUUUACACCUACAGCAAUGUCCUCAAAUUUAAUCCCUUUCCCAGCAAAAUUCAACUUCACCCUCUUGCUUUCUUCAUCUCCCAACACUCCUACUUCUUCUCUCUUACCCAGUUCUUCUCUCCUUUCUUUUUCAACUAGACUCCAUUCACACGCCUCCAAACCUCAUUACCACCACCACCUUCCCCUGCUUGCCACAUCACCUAACUCACCUGCACCUUCUGUUGACGACCAAUCUGAAGAAUUCAGACAAGCCCAGGAAGCCCUUUUCGAAUUUGUCCAAGCUUUCGGUGUCUCACACGAGGACUCGGCCGCCAUUUCUUCGGGCUCGCCGCGGUACCUGCAAAUGUUGGUUGAUGGGGUUCGGGAUUUGGACGAGCAUGAGCUGUGGAGCUCGUGGAAGAGCGAUGAUGAAGAGAAAGGAUUGAAGUUGAAGGGGUUUAAGGAGAAGGUGAGUUAUAUGGCAAUGGAGAAAGGUGAUAAUGGCAAGGUUGCAUUCUUGGAGAGUUUUGUCGGGUUGAGUCUAUCUUCGGCUAUGAACGUUGCCAGGUAUCUCUCGGCUGAGACGCUGCCGGGUCUCAUUGGCAAGGUAAAGUAUAUGAAGGAAAUCUUCUUUUCUGGCAGUGAUGAUGGAGGAAUUAUUGGGAAGAAUUCCCGUCGUAUGAUGAUGCACUUAUCAAUUCCCGUAGAUGACGAUUUGCAACAGACAUUAGCAUUUUUUGAAAAGAUUGAAGCACGACGUGGCGGUUUGGACAUGCUGGGUUCCAAGGAUAUCUCUUUCAGAUAUCUAGUGGAAUCAUUUCCUCGCCUUCUGCUGUUACCGCUGGAUUCACAAAUCAGCACCUUGGUGGGAUUUCUUGAAAAGAUUGGAAUCUCUGGAGAAUACAUGAGAAACAUACUUCUUUUGUUCCCACCUAUUAUGUUUUUCAACAUCAAAGUCAUUAAAACGAGAAUGCUGGCAUUCAAGGAGCUCAGCAUGGAUGAAAGAGAUAUUGGAAAAAUGUUGAAAAAAUAUCCAUGGGUGAUAGCUACAAGUAUUCAAGAAAACUACAAGGAUGUUAGCAUUUACUUUGACAAGGAGAAGGUGCCUAAAGAAAGUGUUAAUCGUGCUAUCAGAAGCUGGCCUCAUUUAUUGGGUUGUUCUACCAGCAAAAUACAUUUGAUGGUCGAAGAGAUUGCAAGUUUAGGUGUUACAAAUAAGAAACUAGGUCAGGUCAUUUGUAAAAGCCCUCAAAUAUUGCUACGGAAACCUCAAGAGUUUAACGAGGUGGUUUCACUUUUGGAAGAAGUAGGAUUUGACAAAGAAACAAUUGGAAAAAUCCUUUGCCGCUGUCCAGAAAUAUUUGCUACCAGCAUCGAAAGAACUCUAAAGAGGAAGCUUAAAUUUCUUUCUGCUAUUGGUAUUUCUGAAGUUCACUAUCCACGGGUUAUCAAAAAAUAUCCUGAGCUCCUGGUAUCUGAUAUUGACAGAACUCUACUUCCGCGACAUCCAAGGGAGUUCAUUGUCUCCGCAAUGAUAGUUAAUGAAAUUGCAGAAUCAAUUUUUUUUUGGCAAUCUCAUAAGAGAAGGAAUAAAAAUGAUGAAGUAUUUAGUGAACAUGGGGUUGUCUAGAAGAGAUGUUGCAUUCAUGGUUCGUAGAUUCUCACCUCUGCUCGGGUACAGCAUUGAGGAGGUGAUGAGACCAAAGCUUGAUUUUCUUGUAAACACCAUGGAGAAGCCAUUAAGGGAGGUGGUAGACUAUCCGAGGUUCUUGAGCUAUUCGUUGGAGAAGAAGAUAAAACCAAGGUUCUGGGCUCUUAAGCAAAGGAAUAUCGAAUGUAGUUUGAAAGAUAUGCUUGGGAAGAAUGAUGAAGAAUUUGCUUCUGAAUUUUUACAAGCUGAAACGACAGAAGUUCCACCUUCCCUUUCCCCCUUUUGAAAGGACACAAGCUUUAAGAAAAGCUCAAGGUCUUCUUGUACAGUGUUUCCCUUGUGAAUAGUAAACCACAAAUCUAAAUAGUUUCAUUACAUUUUUGUCACAGGUUUUGGGUGUAUAUUAUAUCAUUUUUAGAGUGAUAAAAACCAUUCAAAGCUCUACUGAAAUUGCACUUAAAAUAAAAAAUUGUGAUUGAUCUUCAA